UCCCGUCCCGCGGACGUGCAUUCGAAAAAUGGCUGACAGCGGGGAUGGUGUGAACAGCACGUCGUCCGGGAAAGAGACGAGAAACACGCUUGCCGAUGGUCCGGUCACCGAUCCGGCAUCCAACAUGAAGAGCCUAGAGGCAUCAAAUAAUGCCUUUCACGGCGCGAGAACAAAAUUAGAUUCCAAAUCCGGAGCGUUGAAGAAGUCCAGCCGAUAUCGGAGCCGCUCCCUGUCAGCCAGCAGCACCGACAGCUACAGCUCUGCCUCUUAUACAGGGAGUUCGUCCGACGAGGAUGACGUCUCGCCGCGUGAGAAGAUCCAGAAGACGGAGAAAGGCUUCACGGAUUUCUGCGUGCGUAACAUCAAUCAGAACGCCUUCGGCCGUAGGGAGAUUGAGAUCGCCGAGCAAGAGAUGCCGGGGAUCAUGGCAUUACGAAAACGUGCAGCAGAUGACAAGCCGUUGAAAAACGCCAAGAUCGUGGGAUGCACUCAUAUCAACGCGCAGACCGCCGUUCUGAUUGAGACGCUGGUGGAAUUGGGCGCCCAAGUGCGAUGGGCGGCGUGCAACAUUUACUCUACGCAGAAUGAGGUAGCCGCGGCGUUGGCGUACGCUGGGUACCCAGUAUUCGCAUGGCGUGGUGAGACCGAGGAGGAUUUCUGGUGGUGUAUCGACAAGUGUGUGGCGGCCGAGAAUUGGCAACCUAACAUGAUAUUGGAUGACGGCGGUGAUGCCACUCACUUGAUGCUCAAGAAAUACAACGCCAUGUUCAAAAUGAUUCAAGGAAUUGUCGAAGAGAGCGUGACAGGUGUACAUAGAUUAUAUCAGUUAUCAAAGGCGGGUAAAUUGUCCGUUCCCGCGAUGAAUGUGAAUGACAGUGUGACAAAGACAAAAUUUGAUAAUCUCUACAGCUGCCGCGAGAGCAUCAUCGAUAGUUUGAAAAGAUCCACCGACAUUAUGUUCGGAGGGAAGCAAGUUGUGAUAUGCGGUUAUGGAGAGGUCGGGAAGGGAUGCUGUCAAGCCCUCAAGGGCUUAGGUUGCAUCGUGUAUAUUACCGAGAUCGAUCCCAUAUGCGCGCUGCAGGCCAGCAUGGACGGCUUCAGAGUGAUGAAGCUCAAUGAAGUCAUUCGAAAUGUAGACAUUGUUAUUACAGCGACGGGCAAUAAAAAUGUGGUCACGCGCGAGCACAUGGACAAAAUGAAGAACGGAUGUGUCGUAUGCAACAUGGGUCAUAGCAACACGGAAAUAGACGUCAACAGUUUACGUACGCCCGAUUUGACUUGGGAGAAAGUGAGAUCGCAAGUGGAUCAUGUUAUUUGGCCGGACGGUAAGCGCAUUGUUCUACUGGCGGAGGGUCGUUUGGUGAACCUGUCAUGCUCGAGUAUUCCAUCCUUCGUCGUGUCGAUUACCGCCGCUACGCAAGCGUUGGCCCUCAUCGAGCUAUUUAAUGCGCCACCGGGGCGCUACAAGAGCGACGUUUAUUUGUUGCCGAAAAAAAUGGAUGAAUACGUCGCAUCACUGCAUUUACCUACUUUCGACGCGCAUUUGACAGAAUUAACGGACGAGCAGGCAAAGUACAUGGGCCUCAACAAGGCGGGUCCGUUCAAGCCUAACUACUACCGCUACUAAAAAACCAAUGGACGAGUAAUGUGGCAUUGACUAGCACGUGCGACACUCACUCAGCAUUACACACCUUGACAAGUAUUAAAAAAAAAAAACCAGCCACCCUUCCUUGACUUUGUGCCGAAGUUGGCUUUCUUUUUAUCCCACUGACGUCUCUUCCGUAAAAUCGAUAAGAGAUUUUUAUUUAUGGUUCAACCUUCGUAGAGAAAGACCCGCGCGACAUGAGAUUUCGCUAUGUUAUCGUGCUAAUCAUCCGCAAGGAAUGUGUUAAUAAUGUCAUAGUGAACUGAUCCAACAGUUACCCAAUAAUCAAUAUUAGAAACAGCUGCCAGGGCUGGGCAAAAUAUAUUCGAGAAAAUCUAAGUUACUUUGAACAUAUCAAGGAUGUUUCUUUUUUCUAAUAUUACAUAUUUCUUGUCUAGCCUUGGAAUUUAUACAACUAAAUUUACUGUCCAAUUAACUCUUGUAACAGUUUCCUUUUGGAAAAUGCGCGAGUGUAGAACUUGCAUUUGUCAAACAAAGAGAGAAAAAAAAAGGAUUUCUCUCUGAAAAGUUGCCAGAUUGUGCACGCCAGUAAAUCCACGCACGAACAACUGUCAGUUGAAUACUGUUGUAGAUAUAAAUAUGAAUCGUGUAUAGUUUGCAAGCCGAAGCGGUAACUGAAAUUGUAUCUGUCCAUUAGAUACUAUCCGCAGUAAGUUAGAGCAUUAUAGUUUGUAAAUUAUAUACAACGUUUUAAUAUAGAAUAUCGAGGAAAACGCGUAUACUUGUGUAUGCAUGUAACGUGCUGGUGCAGGAUGUAAAAAAAAACGAGAGCAUUAAAAAGAAAUAAAAAAUAAUGAACGUAUUUUUUGAUUGACUCAAUUUUUUUCAAAAAUAAACGAAAAUUUUUCACGAUUAUGCGCUCUUAAUUCAUUCUUUUAACACCCUGUACGCGCGUUACACACAGAUUGCGUUCGUGUACGCGUCUGUUGAUUUCCUAGCGUGCCGAUAAUACACGUUAGUCAAUGAUAUUGUUGUGUCCUUAUAGUAACGAAAAUUGUACGCGUGGCAAAUUGCUCGCCAUGAAUGAUGCGUCAUCCGCGACUAUUUAUACACCACCCAUUUGCGGGAAUUUGUUGCGUUUUGCAGACGACUAAUCGAAAACUCGUGUACAUAAUUAUUUAAGGAGGAGAAGACCGACACACGAAAUAAGGUGAUAAGCUAUCGUGGAUUGCAGUCUGUUAAUCUCUGGUUAUCAUUGUUACCCUUGUGCAUUGGCACGAGGAAUAAUUUGCGUAUCCAUACGUUUAGGAAAAAUAAACGCCUACUACAUUUAGAGAAUCGAUCGUGCAGAUUGUUCUUCCUUAGAACCAUCCUCACCUCUCGAUAGUGACUGCGAAUUGAAAUCGAUUUACAUGAAUCGGUAAAAUUGAUCGAUUGAAUUAUCGACAAUAUUAAAGACAAAAGUAUAUAUAUAUGUUGAAUUUUAUAUUUCUUUUUUUGCUGAAAAAAGAUCCGUCUCGAUUUUAAUCUCGAUUUCAAUUCGUUCCGAAAAAAAUUUUUGAUAAUUUAAUCUCAAGGCGGACUGAUAUUGCCGGAAGAAUGAUCGAGAUGGAUUUGUUACGAUUCUCGCGAAUAAAUGUUUGGCAUAAAUAUCACGUGUGAAAUGAUCUCCGAACGAUAUGUCCAUUCAGGGUCUACGUAACGAGGCACAAAAUGAAUCGAGAAACGAAUUGCGUGGCAAAAACGAACGACGUGAACGGGAGUAAGUUUAGGACAGGGAAAAUCAAUAAUGGCGAUGUUCCUACUAUAUCGAGGCCAGAGCCUUCAUUAAAUAAACAUGAGUAACAUAUAUAUAAUUAGAAUUUAUAAAACGAGCGACGUCUCCACUUUGAACACGACAGAGAAACAUUUAGUCUUCGUUACUUCAGGGAAUCUCGGUGAUAUAAAACUUAUAUUGAUGGCUUGAAAAUUACGCUAUGUCAUCCGGCAAAAAAGAGAAAUGCUAUAUGUGCAUAAAUUAUACAAUUAUAUUGUAUCGAAUUGCGCCUUGAGCUAUCUGUAUUUAUGUAAUUAUGAAAUUUAUCCCUCUUUUCAAGGCAAUUAGGAAAAUGUUUAAAUCGGAAAAAUGAGAUAACUUUUCGAUAUAAAAAUGUUCGGACUUGAGAGAAUACAUUUCGACAGUAAAUAACGACAAGUCCAAUCUUGCGUCCUUGAUAAAUAAAGACAAUACUUGGCAGAGUAUUCGUGUAACUCAGCUCUUUCAGUCGAGAAGAGCAGCGUCAACUAGUUUCUGGUUCCAAGAAACUAACUAUGCUUGACACAUGAUGAUGUAUCGGUUAAUAAACUAAUUAGAUCAAAACGAUUAAUCAUACAUUCUACGAAAAA